AUGAAUAAGGAAAGACAGAGGAUCAGAAAUCCAAGAACUGCUGCAGUAAUGCUAAAAUGUGAUGAAGAAGGGCCGACGUAUGCUGAAGUACUAGGAUUUGCAAGAAAAAGCAUAAACUUGCAGGAUCUCGGUAUCACGGAUACUAAAAUAAGACGGGCACAAUCAGGAAGUAUACUGAUUGAAAUACCCGGAGAAAAUGCCGCCAGUAAAGCGGAGAAUCUGAAGGAACGCCUAAACGCGGCAUACCAAGAUAGUGAUCAUUACGGUAAAGUCAAUGUCAUAAGGCCAAAAAGACGGGCUGAACUCAGAAUUAUUGACAUUGAUGAAUUUGUGGAGAUUGAGGAAGUCAAAAAGGCUGUUUCCGAAUCUGGAGGAGUUUCUCUAACGGAAAUAAGAACUGGCCCCUUAAGAAAAGGAAGGGGUGUGGGUACUAUCUGGGUACAAUGCCCAGUGGAUUGUGCCAAUAGGCUGAACAAAAUGGGCAAAAUCCGAAUGGGAUGGUCAGUGGCAAAAGUGAUCCCACUAGCGAGAAGACGCUUACAGUGUUACAGGUGCCUCGCAGUGGGAUACACUCGUAUCAACUGUAGGAGUAUAGUUGAUAGAUCGCAUAUGUGUUUUAAUUGCGGAAAAGACGACGGACAUGUAGCGUUCAGAUACAAGGCACCACCGCGAUGCCCGAUUUGUCAAUUUAGAGGUUUGAAAGCGGAUCACAGAGCUGGGGCAGAAGGAUGCAUGCCAUAUAACGGCCCCGGAGGAAAAGUAAAUGUGAGACAAACCGCUACUGGAGAAGAAACCGCAAUGGAGACAGAGGUGAACGUCAACCGUUCCAGACCCGCGCAGGAUCUGAUACAAAGAACCAGCGAGGAAUAUGAGCUAGGAAUCGUGGUCAUCUCCAAAUCCCACUCAAUACCGGACGAUGGAAGAUGGGUGGCUUCAAGCGACAGUCCGACAUCAGCCGCCAUUACAUGGCAGUGGACAAGAAGCAACGACCCCUGCACAUUGGCAUGGAGGGACGAAAAACAUGUAGCCGUAGAAUGGGGAGAAUUGACAGUUGUCAGUUGUUACCUCCCACCCAGCCUCGACAUAGAGGAAUAUAAGGAUGCUCUCCGAAAACUGGAACACCAAGUAAAGAUGGCAAGACCCAAAGCAUUAAUGAUAGCUGGUGACUUUAAUGCUAGGUCGCCAGCAUGGGAUAGAGGAGAAGGUAAUAGACGAGGACGAAUCCUUUUGGACUGGAUCGGAAAAAUGGACCUUCAAAUCCUGAAUGACGGCAUUUCAUGGACAUGCGUACAUCCAAGAGGUAACUCAUGCGUGGAUAUAACGCUUGUAUCAUCAAACGUUGCUCGAAGAGUGGAGAAAUGGCGGGUCCUGGAAGAAGCAGAAUCACUGUCGGACCAUAGAUACGUCCAUAUGUCACUCCUGACAACCGUGGUGGGACCGGUAACAAGAAACACCGCUCUUAAAGAGUUCCCCAGAUGGGUUACGAAAAAAGUGAACGUCGACAUGAUGGAGGCUGCCGCUGAGAUCGCCGUCUGGACCGGCAUACAAGGCAAUUUUAAAACGAUGACCAAAAGAAUAGACCGAAUCAUGACUGAUAUCUCGGACGUCUCUAUGAGACGUAAGGGUUCCGCCAGUAGGCCCUCGACCUACUGGUGGAACGAGGAAAUAGCGAAGAUUAGGUCAAAGUGCAACUCAUGUAGGCGCCAGCUUAAGAGAGAGCUCGAAUUAGAAACACCCCCGAAAUCCUAG